CGGCGGGCGGGGGAAGGCGCAUGCGCCAAGGAGUUGCCCUGGUGCUGGGUUGGAAAUAGGUUUAAAAAAAAAAUCCCAGCAGCGAAAAAAAAUACAGCAAGAGAGGGAAAUGAGGGGAGAGUCUUCUGCAAACCUGACCUAGAAGAAGGUCUACACCAGAGAGAGGAAGGUGGUUGUUCCAUCACUAAUUCUGAUUUGACCUGAGGAUGCUUUAUCUCUUGAAAAAUGUACAAGAGAAGACAGAAAUGGAAGAUUUGUCGAGACCUUUGGUGGUGCUGAACGUGCAGUAGCCCAUUAUUUUAACCGUGAUGAUAUACUAAAAUUGCAAGUUUUGGCGUUGUGGGUUUGCAUGGCAAAGUAACCGUGGAGAAGCCAGGCUAUCACAAACUUAUGGAUUUUGAUAAGAGAGGGGGGAGGGGGGAGGUGGAAGAAACAAAGAGAAUGUCAAAGUCUGGUGGACGGGGAACCAACUGUGGCCGGAGUACGGGGAGCAGCUCUGGAGUCUUAAUGGUGGGUCCCAACUUCCGAGUGGGAAAGAAGAUUGGAUGUGGAAACUUUGGAGAGCUUCGUUUAGGAAAGAAUUUGUACACGAAUGAAUAUGUGGCCAUCAAACUGGAACCUAUAAAAUCCAGGGCUCCACAGCUUCAUUUGGAGUACAGAUUCUACAAGCAACUAGGCAAUGCAGAGGGAAUACCUCAGGUUUACUACUUUGGGCCUUGUGGAAAGUACAAUGCCAUGGUACUAGAGUUGUUGGGACCUAGCUUGGAGGAUUUAUUUGAUCUUUGUGAUCGAACGUUUUCCAUUAAAACUGUAUUAAUGAUAGCUAUACAGUUGAUUACACGAAUGGAAUUUGUACACAGCAAAAGUUUGAUAUACAGAGAUGUUAAACCAGAGAAUUUCUUAGUGGGCCGACCAGGGAGCAAGCGACAACAUACCAUUCACAUUAUAGACUUUGGCCUUGCCAAAGAAUACAUAGACCCAGAGACCAAAAAGCACAUCCCUUACCGAGAGCACAAGAGUUUAACUGGGACAGCACGGUAUAUGAGCAUUAACACACAUCUAGGCAAAGAACAAAGUCGAAGAGAUGACCUUGAAGCACUAGGUCACAUGUUUAUGUACUUCCUGCGCGGUAGUUUACCUUGGCAAGGCCUAAAGGCUGACACAUUAAAAGAAAGAUAUCAGAAAAUAGGUGACACCAAACGAGCUACCCCAAUUGAAGUCUUGUGUGACAAUUUCCCAGAAGAAAUGGCAACGUACCUCCGCUAUGUACGAAGACUUGAUUUUUUUGAAAAACCGGACUAUGAAUAUUUGAGAAAACUCUUCACAGAUUUGUUCGAUAGAAAUGGCUUUGUGUUUGAUUAUGAAUAUGAUUGGGUUGGCAAACCAUUACCAACUCCAAUUGGUUCAAUCCAUGCUGACAUACCACUCUCACCACCCAACCGAGACAAAGCACCACAACUAACCAAACAGUUGGCAGAUCGCAAUGGAGCAUGGGAACUUCAUACCCGCUGCCAGCCCAGUGCUCAUCAUUUGGGAACACAUCUAGCAUCAGACAGGCUUGCUGGUUCUGUUCAGGUUGUGAGUUCAACAAAUGGAGAGCUGAACACAGACGACCCCACGGCAGGACACUCCAAUGCACCCAUCACGGCUCCAGCAGAGAUCGAAGUGGCAGAUGAUACCAAGUGCUGUUGUUUCUUCAAGAGACGGAAGAGGAAAACUAUUCAACGUCAUAAGUGACUGUGGAAACUGCUGUGAUAUUUACACAUGUGCUCUGCAACCUUCCAAUCACGAUAGAUUCAGAAAUCCAUCCUUUCGUGGCAGGCUGUUCUCGAAGAUCUUGACGUUUUCUGUCCAGCAUUUUGGGCUUCUGACAUUGGCACUCUUCUGCUGUGAAAUUCAUACUGGUGGACUUACAAAUGCACCAUGCAGAGUUUUUAACUUCCUUUUCUGUGGAAAUCCACAAAAAUGUUGUCUUUGAAACAAAUCUGCAUUAAGUAGGAUUAUUUCUCUGUGGGAACAAGGCAAAUCAGCUGAAGUUUUAAAGUUUCAGAAAAAAAGAUGAUAGCGAUUACUUCUAGUCUUGUGAGUCUGUUGAUAUACUCUGAAACUUGGCUCAAGACAUCCAUUAUUCAUCUCCAGUGUUAUGUAAUUGCAAGUCAUGCAGUUUUUUCCUCUUUACUUUCCUCCUUUUUUUUGUUCAGCGUGAAUGCGUGGUGUAGUCACUGUUGUUGGGUACUGUUGGGAUGAGGAAACACACAAAACUUUCCACAUCCUUAAUUGCACUUUCGAUAUCAGUAUGUAAGAGCUUUUGGGUCUGAUUGUGCAAAAACUGUUUCUACAUACCUUUUUUAAGGGAAUACAAAACCAGUAGGAAACGUAGCAUGUUUUUAAUUAUAGUAAUGACAGUAUGAUGUUUGCAAAAUGUAAAUGAGGCAAUUACAUUAGAAAACUGGGUAGAAAUAGGACCUAGUAAUUCACAGAAGCAAAAUGUUGUUCAAAUUCAGAUCUGGUUAGUUUAUGAUCCAGGUAGCAGGAGGGCUGUUAAUGAACAUGAGGUGGUCAGUGGUUGAAUUUCAGCAGCCAAACUACUUUUAAAAACCAUGGGAGGAAAUGCCACAUAAGGUUUGUGAAUGAGCAGACAUUGUUGAAAAGGUAUCAUCUGUGUUGGGUUUGGGCAAUUUUUAUACAAUUAAAGGCUUUUCAUUUCCUGCCACAAAAACGCUUCAUUAUUUAGUGAAGCUUUGGAAGGAUCUCUCAUUUCAAAUUGGCGUUUACAAGUCUUCCCUAACAUAGGCUUCUUGACAAAAUCUCAAACUAGUUCAGGUUAUUAAGCAAGCAAUAGGGAAAAGCUGCUGAGAAUUGGUUUUUAAAAAAAAAUGAACUUGGGACAGCAGCAAUGUAGAAGAGAAGGUUUCUCUGAGCCAUUGAUUCAAUCAGGCUGUUUGGACACAAAGGAGAAUCCCCAAGAUUUCAUGGCGUGUGUAGGAAAGCCAAUGCUAUUAUCGAUGAGGAAGUACUUCAAUUUGUGGGUUAGAAGGCACAGUUCAUUUGGAACGGAAAUGAAUUAGAAGUAAAUUUUGAUUUUGGAGGCAUCUCCUAGCUUUAUCAAUUGCUUCUAUUGUGCUCUAAGCUAUUCAUGUAGCCACAAUUUUUUUGUUGGUUUUGAAUCACAAUGAUUUUAUGCACAAUUUUAUUUAGAAAAUCAAUUGUUUUUACUUGGAAGUACAUUUCAUUUAAAUCUUGCAUCAUUUUAGAAGCCUAUUUCUCUCAUUUCAUUUCCUGGCUGCAGGUUUUUCUCAGGAAAUUAGGGAACUUAAAAUGGACCCCUGAUAAGAUUGAGUUGUUACCAAUUAUCCUUCUCAGUAGAUUCUUGGCAACUGUAAGGAAAGCUUGGAUUAUAAACUUCUACCUAGAGCAAAACACUUGUAUCCUGCAGGUAACUAAGCUUAUAGGUUAUGUCCAUUACUGUGAGUUGUUUUUAUAGACGCUGUUUCUUUUGGUGCAGUACCUAGCAAGAGGUCCACUUCUGAUGCAGAGAACCACUGAUCUACAACCAUGUUCAACAUUUUCUUUGUGUAGCCUUCAAUUAUUAGUUGUUUAAUAAUUUUUUUGAAUGCUUAAGUAUUGCUGUGGAUAGUGUCCAUUUGCCUAUGAGCUAUCAGGAGGGGAACAUGAGAAAAGAAACAUGAGGACGUUACUCCCUGAGCCUUAGUUACCAGAUCUCUAAGGUAACAUUUGAUACACAUGCUUCAAUAUAUAUUAAUUGGGAAUGUCAGUACUGUUUGUUAUGGUUUAUGUAUGGAGUAAAAGACUUAAGUGAUUUUUUUACAUUUAAAAUUUUUGAGGUAUCUUUUGACUGUUCAGAAGAUUAAUUUGGCCAAUGUGGUUACAGCACUCCUGAAGCUUAUUUUGUAGGAGUGUGUAGUCUUUUACACGUGUAAUAACACAAAGACAUUUGUGUGUAAAUCAUGGUUAUUGUACUUUAAAUGUUAGGCUUUUGUUCACAAAUCUUGUGGACUGUGAUGUUUUUUGUUUCCUGAACAUUGCAAAUUCAACACAUCAGCGCAAUGUGGGAUGCCCGAGGUGAGUUAGUAUUGCACAUUUGUACUUUCGAGAAAUAUCACUCCUGAAUUGUUAUUAAAAAAAACCCUAAUUUCACAGAUGGAUUUUUAGACCUGUCCUGAGAGAAGGUAGAACUGAUUUUGCAACUGCCUGAAACAUGCACUUUUCAUAUUGGUGAUUGUGGUUCAGCAUGGCCAAAGUUCUAAUUUCCCUUAAGCAGAAACCAGAGUCAAGUGCUGAAUCAAAGCUAUCUUUAAAAAAAAACCUAAUGUUUGGUGGGCUGUUGACAGUCAUACCUUAUUUUAAUACUUAUUGCUGUAAAUAGACUUUCAGAAAAUUAUGCGAGCAGAUUAAACUGCUGGAAAUGACUGAUAGUUUGACUGUGAAUCAUCAAAUGAGAAUGUGAUGUCACAGUAGCGUCAUGGUAAAAUACCAACAUGCUGAGCAACACUUUGCAAACUUCAUCUGCUGCCUUUUCUGAUAGGAUGGGUCUGUCCUUGGCUGGAAAGCAAUGAUCAUGACAAAUGAGAUGAUUAAAAUGUAUAUUGAUGUUUAGCUUCUGAUUUUUAUUACCCUUCUGUGCUAAACGUUCACUAAGAAUGACACUGUAAAUGAAAAUGUUGAACUAUGCAUUCUGUAACCUGCCCAGCAAUUUAACACUUGACACAAAAUGGCCCCUAUCCACAACAAGCACAUGAGCAAUUUUAUUUUGCUGUCAUUAAUUCUGGUGACUGUAAUAAGUGAAAAGAACCAAAUAAAGGGAGUACAAGCAAUUCA